AGUGUGGUAAUAUCAAUAUAUAUUUCGUUACCACCCAAUACCAUAUGGUAUAGAGUCAUAAUAUCAAUAUAUAUUAUCUAAAAGGAAAAAAAACAGAAGGAGGGAGAGGGAAAAAAACUCGUCUUCUAUUUCGUCUCAUUUCCUCCGCAAUCAAGAACACCAAACGCCAAAAAGGGAGAAAGACCGAAAUUGAGGCCAACGAGUUGAUGAAGAGACAAAAAAACGCAAUGAAAGAGGGUGGCUGCAAAUUUUCUUCGUCGAUUGCUGGAGAGAGCAAAACGAAAAAAGAAGAGAAGGAAGCAGAUCUAGAUAUGGAGAAAGAGAUUGGAGAGAAAAAAAAGGAACAGAGAAAGAGAAAUGAUAGAUUGAGAGAGAAAAAGGAAGGGAGAAAGAGAAAAGAGAGUUGCAGAGAAAUGAUUCUCUCUCCUCCUUUGAAAAAGCAGUCAUUAAAAGUGGUCUCCUUUUUUUGAAAAAACGUCCAUUAAACUUGGAAUAUAAUAAAAAUAAAAAUUCAUAAACGGACAAAAAUGCCCUUCUGGACCCCGCAUUCAGCCCAGCCGCAUGAUUGAUCCACCCCUAGAUCUACGGUCCUAAGGUGGUUACUCACUGGUGAUUAACAAAGGGUUACUCACCCUAUCUCAAGCCAUAGGUUAGGGCGCGAACAUCUAAUUUGUUAGUAUGAUAGUAAAACUAGCUCCAAUCAGUAGGAACAUUUCAUUUUGGUGACUUCUUUAUUUCAGUGGGUUGACAACAAUUAAUGGUGAUUUAUAAAGGGAGGGGCAAGUUUGUCAUUAUUAAAUAUUAGUUCAAAAAAAUAUUAGGAGGCACACACAUGUAAUGAUGUGCAUUAAUUUCACAUCACGCGCCUCAGCACAAGUAUUAUGUAGCAUACCCCGAAACAAAAAUCAGAAACACAACAAACCACACAACAAACGCCAUAAACCAGACCAAAAGGUUAUCAAGCAGGCUACAAACCUCACAACACCACCAAAUUCAUAAAACAUACCAUAAAACUCAAAGCAGAUCACAAAUUCCCUCAAUCAGACCAGAAACCUCGUAAAGCAUCCACAAGUUCCUUAAAGCAAACAACAAAUUUCUCAAAGUAGACCAAAACUUUCAUGAAUCAUACAAGAAACCUCAUAAAGGCAUACCGGAAGUUCAUUAAAACAUACCACAAGUUUCUUAAAGCAGACAAUAAGUUUAUUAAAGUAGAUCACAAGUUCCCUCAAACAAACUAGAAUCCCAUAAAGUAUACCACAAGAUUAUUAAAGUAGACUAUAAGUUUUUUAAAGCAAACCGGUAAUCUCAUAAACCAGACCACAAGUUCCAUGAAGCAGACAACAAGUUACUUAAUUAAAGUAUACCUAAAGUUCCCUAAAGCAUAUCAGGAACCUCAUAAAACAUACCACAAGUUUCUUAAAGUAGACAAUAAGUUUAUUGAAGUAGACCAGUUACCGGAAAUAGACCAAAAACUCCAUAAAGUAUACCACAAGUUUAUUAAGGAGACCACAAGUUUUUAAAGCAGACAAUUCUCAAAAAGAUCACAAGUUCAAUGAAGCAGACUAGAACCUUAUUAAGCAUACCACAAGUUUAUUAAAUCAAAUUAUAAGCUACUUAAAAUAUACCAUAAACAUCAUAUAACAUACCACAAAUUUCUUAAAGAAGACAAGAAACCUCAUAAACUUGGACCUAUGUAUAAAUUUUUAAAAGUUUAGGUAUCAAAACGUAAGAAAUAGAAUUUAUAGAUACUAAAAUGUAAUUUUCUAUCAAUAUUUCUAGGUCUUAUAUACAAAAAAUGAUAAUUUUUUAUUAAAUCUAUUAAGUUUAGGUGUCAAACAAUAAUUUGCAUAUGGAACCCUAAUCUGUGCGGAUAAACGGGAGGGGGAAGGGAGUUGUUAUGAAUGGGUACUUGCUAUACUUUAAUGAAUUAUAUUAGCAUGGUGCUAACACCCUUAUCCAGUCCUCGACCACUCUAGAUGUUAAGCACUAGUUGGUUUAAUAAUUUAAAUUGUUGAAUACGUAAAAAGAAAUUAUGCUAUUUCAUUAUCUUGUGCUUUAAAUAUAAUGUAAAUCCAUGAUUUUAAAGUUUUCAUAUGAAUAUUAUACCAAGUGUUUAAAAUAUAAGUUCAUAUUUUAGGAAUUAAACAUGUUAAUAUUCAGGUCCAUGAGACUUUGAGCAGUAAACCUUUUGGCCAAAGCAUUGAUAAGAACGACUUCUUUUAAUAACUCUAGUUAUGGUAAAAAUACUAAAAUGAUGAUGAAUCUCCUAGGAGCUAGCCUUGUAUGUGUCCAUUAGUACAAGGUUUUUUGGAAUGGUUCCCAAAUGAAAAUUUAUACGCGGACAAUAUUGUAUAUUUGUAUUAAUUAAUGGGAUGUGAGUGAUCCCAACAAAUGAUAUCAUAACCUAAUUCACAUCUGGAUUGUAAUGGUGGACUUUAAUUUGGUGAACCAUCACUCUAUAACCUAGCAAUUAGAGAUUUGUGUCAGAAAUAUUAAAGGAUAUCUAUAUUUUUCUUGCAAAUCAACGAAGAUCUUCAAAUGGCGAUUCCUUAUAUUGAAAAAUUAGGUGAGACAAGAUGGUCGUUAGAUCAAGAUAAUUGUUGAAGAGGAGAACACAAAGUUUCUGAUUCUUGAUUGGAGGGGAGGAUUGUUGGGGGUACAAUCCAAUUGCCAAAUUUGGAGAAAUAAAGGAAAGUUUUCUUUUAUUAAUUAAUAAGAUGCCUUUUCGAAAGGUGUCCAAAAUCAUAUAUGCGCAAGCUUACCUAAAAAGGAUAAUAUCGUACAAAGACUGUCUGGUGUCAACGCAUGACGAAGCCUAAAUGUCUAAUGCUACUUGAUUUUGUUUCUAAUGAAUCAUGGUAUUAUUUUUUACCAUGAACAAUGAAUAUAAUCCUGGUAUUGCUACAUAUAGGACGACAAAGACUUAGUCGAUCAACAACCUUGUCAUCAUGAAUUCUUCGAUUCAUUUAAGAAGCUUUUCAAGAAAUAUUGUCACCAUGUAAAACUUGAUCUUCAAGUAAAAUUUAACUAAAGUUCCUGAAGACUUUGACUAACAAGCCCUUAUAUAUGUAGGACAAAUUCCCAUUAUCAUAUCGGGGUUUUUGUUUUCCCAUAUCUUGUUCUGUUUUACUUUUGAUUUUCCCUCUCAUUGCAAGAAAGAACACCUCAGCACAUCUUCUUCUAAUCUUCUUACAUCAUAAUCCAUAUUUUAUAAAUCCACAUAUAAAAGUACAGCAGAACAGAGUCAAUUAGCUAGCUUAAUGUGUGUUUGUGUGCACGAAAUCCCACAAAUCUCGGAGAUUAAUUACGAAGCAAUUUUAUAAGAACAGAAAAUUUACGACCCUGCCCUCGGAACCUGUGAUCAAGUCGAUGACAAUCAUAAUAUAUCUAUAGCGUAGACUUAUAACAAGUAAUUCCUAUCCUAGCUUGAUGAUUUGACAUUUUGAAUUCCUUAACCUGAAACCGCGUCCCGCGUUCGUAUACUUCCCUCACGCCUAUAAAUAGCUUCAUUCCCACCCGCCAUUUAACCACACCAAAAAACCCCACUUCUCUAACUUGCAUGCUCAUUCCAACCAUGGGAAAGUUUCAACUCCUCUCCGCCACCUUGGCCAUUUUCCUUUCCGCCAUAGCCAUCCCCACCACCUUCGUCGACGCCGUCGCCGUCGGCAGCGUCGUCACUCCUGCUUUCUUCAACCGCAUUCUCAGCCAGGCAGGCACCGGCUGCAAGGGCAAGACCUUCUACACUCGCGCUGCCCUCCUCACCGCCGCACGCUCCUACCCUCGCUUCGGAAACCUCGACACCGCCCUCUGGUCCAAGCGCGAGAUCGCCGCCUUCUUCGCCCACGUCACCCACGAAACCGGACACUUUUGCUACGUGGAAGAAAUAGCUCGCAACACGUACUGCUCCCCGUCGAGCCAGUACCCGUGCGCUCCGGGGAAGAAGUACUACGGCCGCGGGCCCAUCCAGCUGACGUGGAACUACAACUACGGCGCGUGCGGGAAGGCCAACAACUUCGACGGGCUGAAGAAUCCGGACAUCGUGGCCAAGAACGCCGUGAUUGCCUGGAAGACGGGGCUGUGGUUCUGGAUGAAGAGCGUCCGUCCCGUUGUGAAGCAAGGGUUCGGUGCUACCAUCCGCCGCGUCAACGGCGGCGAGUGCAACGGCGGGAGCCCUGCGGCUGUGGCGGCGCGUGUCAAGUACUACAGGGCUUACUGCAGGUCCUUUGGGAUCACACCUGGACCCAAUAUCAGCUGCUAAUUAUUAUAUUAUAUUCAAACGCUACAAUAAUAUAUAAUGUAUGUGUAGUGUACGUAGGGUUGUUUCGUUUCGUUUGGAAAAAUACUCCGACGGGGGCUAGCUAGCUACAGGACUACAGGUAGCUAGUUUUCUCCUUAAACUAAAUAAUGGAGAAAUAAUGUAACUUGACUAUGAUGUGUAACAGUACGUGUUACAAGUUCCUUAUGCUUGUUAAAUCAUGUACAAUAAGCUUAUAUUAUUAAGUUACUCUGUAAUCGUAAUUUUAGUUAUGUUAAUUAAUUGUCUUGUGUUGGCUGGAUGAACAAUUAAGAGUUUGUCCUAGCGUGUAUCUUUUAUUAUUUUUAAAUAAUUAGUCAAUGAAAGGUCGGUUAUGCCCACUUGAGGGAUAAGAAUUAUCCCGAUUAUUUUGACUGUACAUAACAAAGUCAAAAUAAAUCCGUAACUGCAGCGCCCAAACUUAAUUCGAGCCUAUUUAAACCAAUUUACAUGACCCAGAUCUCAUUGAUAGAGGUAAGUUUGAGUUAUUUUAUUUUUACUCCUCAAUGCAUUUUCUUCACAUUAUAAAAUAAUCAUUGUCCAUAAAUUUUAUUUUGUACGUACUGUGAUUUACUCGAAAACUCAAGCGAUAUGUGAUACCUUUAAAUGCGUGCUGAUGAUGCAUUUUUCCAUAUUGCAAAGGGUUUAACCCAAUUGUCUACAAAAUAAUAUCACUUCAACAAUAAAAGGACGCAGGCCGGAAACGGAAGCAAAUACGAAGGAAGUGUACCGGCGGCGCUUCGUGGGACAAGCGGCGGCCACAGGACAAGACCGCGCGGGGAAAAGUUUUGGGAAUGGAGGGAUUCCUAGAUAAUUAGGGGUAGUGCAUUGCUCUUGAAUCUUGUCCAAUUUUUGGAUAGAAAGGCGAUAAGGGAAAAAUUGUUGUGAAUUAUUGUACAGUGAAAUGUUAAGGGGUUAUUCUAUGGAGAAAUUUUGUACAUAGAAAUAACAUACAUAAUUUUUUGUACAUCGAAAAAUUUUGUACAUAAAACAAAUUUGUAUAGAAAGAUUUGUACAAAAAAUAGAUAUUGAGAAAUUCGGUAAAAAUUAUGAGCGCGUUUAAAAAAAAAUUAUCACAGUGCACAUCAUCUUAUGAAUAUAAAUAAAUAUUUUAUAUAUACGGCCUGUGCCAUACACAUGCGGAAAGAUUUUGCAAACUCAUCCCCAAUCUGUGGUUUUCGGGCAAUCGUGGAUACGUAAUAGCCCCCGUACAUCCUAACAUUAUUAUAUCUAAAACUUUACAUGUAAAUUUCGAAUUAUAACAUUAAGAUCAAUCAAGAGAUUGAUUGAUGAAAGGGUUUCAAACCAAAAAACAGAGCAAGGGUUUUGGGAUGGAUGAUUGAACGUGCAAUUUCAACAUAAAAUUGGGAAGAUAGUCGAUCAAUUUGAGUUGUAGAAUCUCCACCACAAUCAAGGUGGAUACUUGAUCAAUAUAGAGAUGCACUCGAUGUAACUGGAAUCCUCCAAUUAGCACGAGCAAAUUCACCGAGUAAAACUCUAUGAACAAU